AUGGCUGCACCGGCAAGCGACGCACAGGGGAAGCUCCAGGAGCUGACGGACCAGUAUACGAAGCUGCAGCAGGAGCAACAGACAUUGAUCGUAGCGCAGCAACGGCUGAAUGCGCAGAAGACAGAGAACGAGGGUGUCAAGAAGCAAUUCGAGGACCUCAAGGACGGCGAGACCAUUUACAAACUCGUCGGCCCCGUCCUGUUGAAGCAGGAAAAGUUUGAGGCAGACAGCACAGUCAAGGGCCGUCUGGACUUUAUUGACAAGGAGAUCGGCCGGCUGGAGGACGAGAUCAAAGAGUCCAACACCAAGAUGGAUGAGAUCAAGGACAAGAUCAUGGCCACACAGACAAGCGCACAACCAGCACAGUAG